CGACGACGACGACGACGAUCCUGCCGUAUCCAGUUCAUAUCGAAACCAACACAUUCCAGAGACCACAGCGCUGGGUGAAGUGUUCAUGACAUUUGCCAGCACAAAUGUGUCUCCACGUCCACGUGGCUCCAUUACAACCCCCGCCACCUUACGCCCGUCCACGUCCUGGACUUGGGAUGCCACUACCACGCGCCAAUCCUGGCCAUGGUACAUGUACAUGUUUGUCUGCACAUGUUUUCUGCUCGCAUGUUGGUUUGUCAUCUUGUGGGUGUCUUCGUUGACCGCAGUGUCGUCGAUUGCAACGACUCGACUCGUCGACCAGUGCUGUACCGCAGCCGUGGUCGUGGUGGCCAGUGCCUUGCUGUACGCAUGCUUGUCGUGGCUGUUGAUGCACGUUCCCACAACGGCUGACUUUGGUUUCAAGCUGUGGUCGCGACUGUUUCACCUUUCAAUGACAUCCCCUUCCAUCCAUCAUCCCUUGGACGAUGGGUACAUGCGACCGCUCAUCGAAAUCUGCACGUGGGUGGCCAUCGUGUUGGGCACAUACGUCAUGUAUCGCAAACCGGUCGUCGCGGUGCUAGUCGGCGGCAUCUCUGGGAUUUGGGUCGUGGCAGUGGGCGACUUCUUUGUCGUGUACGUGCGCAUCCACAGCGAAUUUCAACGGCGGCAGCAUCACGACGAAAACGCGGCGUCUCCGUGGCGGCUGCAGUACGCCAUCACGACCGUGUCCUUGGGGUACAUGGUGCUAGGCGUGGUUCGGCUCGUGUACAGUUUAAUUCCGUCCACCACGAGCGUGGACGACGACGACGAUGGCCAGAAGCGCAUGGCGUGGCAGUACCUCCUGAGCGUGUUGAUGGGAGUGUCGCUCAUCGUGACGAGCGAGCUCUUGAUGCUGUACGAACCUACGUGGCACGCCGGCAUGGUGUUGCAAGCCCGCGUCGUGAAUGCCAAAGCCAACUGGAUGGUGCAUCCGGUCCGGUCGAUGGCCGAAGUCGCGUUUGUGUGUGGGGUCGCAGUCAUCGUCAACGAUUACACCGACAACAUGGUGCUGUCGCUGCAGCUUGGCACGGUCAUCUGUACGUGCUUUGUCUUGUGUGGCGAGUACGUCGUGUACCCAACGUUGCGCGGCAACUCGUUUGAUGAGUUGAAUGCUCCCACUAUGGUACCUCGUGACGACCACUGGAUCAAAGUAUUGCCGCUGCUGUCAUUGGCGGCGUUCAUGCUGUACUACGUCGGUCGCCUCGUCGUCGCGUUCGUGUUCGUUGGACAUAGCGACAUGCUGACAUCGGUCGUGGUCCCGUCGCUGUUGGACCUGACUCUCUUGGCUGUCGUGUCCAGAACCUGUCGUCUGAGCGUUGUAUGGAGCCAAAUGGUAUCGUUACCCCGCCACAGCACACUUCAACCCCUUCGUACAAGUUUGGUAGUGCUCGCGCAUGUGUGUUUCGUCGUGCUGCUCAGAGCUACGCCCACGACCACACAUCUCCCGCGCUGGGCUCAUUCAGUGGCGACGCUCAUGUUUGACAUUGCGCUCGUGUACAUGCAACUGCUUGGGCCGGCGAUCUGGGAUGCUGUCUACUCGGUGGAAUAUGCGACGUCGUGGAAAAUCCAAGUGGAUUUACAUCGCGCCAUGUCGUGCACCAUAUCCGACUCGACCACUCGGCACUUAAUAUGGGACGUUCCAGACGAGUUGUCAGUGGAGCAAGGGCACGACCAACACGAACCUGGCCCCCGACAGCAUAACUUGUCGCAUGGGAUACGCGCAUCAACGUUGAUCAACGUUUGCGUGGCCGGGAUCAUCAUGCCGGUGGCGGGGUGGCGGUACGGCUACAGUCUUCUCCAUCGGCUGUCCGGCGUCAGCGCCGUCUUGGCUAUUUCCGUCUUGCUUGCGUCGUGCAGUGGCGUCUUGAUCGGCGUCCUCACAUGCUCGACGCAUCCAAAAUUCCGUCUGUUUCGGCGUGUGCUGGUGCUGGUUGUGACCCAGCAAUUCGUAUUGCAUCCCGUACAAGUGUUUGUGCAAGCUGUCGUGUGUGUGGGGGUGCUGGUGGGGACCUAUGCGACCUCGGGGUCAUGGUCGACGUCCGUGUUGCUAGCGGCGACGUCGCUGGCCACUGUCAUGGGCGGGAGUCACUGGGUCGUGCGUGGGCGGUUCGUCUUGACCGCGGCGACCUCGUCGGUGCCGUCAUCCGAUCAAUCCACGGUGGCCGUGCUUGCGUUCAUGGCGGUGCUCUUGACGUAUGCCGUGGGUCUGAGUUUGUUUGUCAUUUACUACCACAUCGCAGACCGCAUCGAAGUCGCGUUUUGCUUGGCGACGUUAUCGGGCGUCGUGUUUGUGGCCGCGAGUGAAUUGUGCAUCAUGUGGGCCCCCACCAGGGCGGCAGGGAUCGUGCUGCAGACCCGCGUCACACAUUGCCUCCGGAACUGGCAGCUCGAGCCGCUCAGGUCAUUCCUCGAGUUCUUUGUGUGGCUCGGUGUCACGUACGGCACGUUUGUUUUGUAUCAGGACGUGGUCGUCGCGCUGCACCUGGGGACGCUCUCUGGCAUUGUCGUGACCCUAGCCGGCGAAGUGUUUCGCAGCCGGUGGUGGCAUCCUUUUCCUAUAUCUGGUGCUUCUGGUGCCGACAGUCCCCCAGAUGAGUCGUCCGUGCACCAACAGCGACCAAAGGUGCUGCCGCUGCUGCUUCUGUUUGCAUAUGUCGGCGCCGGCACGUUUCAGUGGAUUUUCGAGCAUCUGCGACGGCUCGAAGUGACGGUGGUGCUCGCAACGGUAGCCGGCAUUGUAUUUUUGUGCGUGGCGGACGUCUUGGCCAUGUGGCAGCCCACGAGAUGGGCCGGUGUGAUCCUCCAAGAUCGGUUCUUGAAUGCGAGCGAACACUGGCAGGUACAUCCGGUGCGAAGUUUUGUCGAGUCAGGGUGCUUUCUCGGGGUAAUCUAUGGCAGCCAUGCUAUUUACGGCGAUUUGACUGUGGCCGUACAGUGCGGCACGCUGUCGGGUAUGCUCGUGACGCUGAUUGGCGAGCAACUCAAGUCUCGUCGUCGCACCAACCUCCUCGCGCAUUCCCCCACCAUCUCCGACAAGCAAAUCCUGCCGUUCCCGAUCAUCAGCGUGCUCGGGUUGGUCGGAUGCGUCGCGUUCAACACGAUUUACACACACCUGCGCAACAUUGAGAUGGCGUUCGUGCUGGCGACGACCAGCGGCGUCGUGUUCGUCGUGCUCGGCGAUGUAUUUGUCGUGUGGGCGCCCACGCGGUACGUGGGGCUGGUGGUGCAGGAGCGCGUGCUCCACUUCUCCCGCGACCUCCGGUCCUGGUCGUGGCGAAGUUAUUGCGAGCUGCUGCUGUGCACGGGGGCCUUGUCCGCGUCGUACUGCUACCUCUGGGCCGGCGACCUGCUCGUAGCGAUCCAGCUGUGCACGUUCACGGCCAUCGUCGUGUGUGUCGUGGACGAUCGCAUCGUGCGUUCGAUCCACGAAUACGAACAGACGAUGGUGCAGCAAGGCCAGUGGCAUGUCCAAGACAAGUCGGACCUGCUCGCGUUGCCGUACGACGUGUUGUUUGAGAUCGCGCGAUGUCUGCCGCCCGAGGAACUCCUCGGCGUGCGCACGACAUGCCACAAGAUCAACGCGCUCUUGCGCGCCGAAUCCAAGCGGUUUUGGCUUCAUGCGACGCUGCGCCGGCAGUUUGGACUGACCAAGGCAAGGCAAGCCACGGCCUUGAAUCCGUACCAUCGAUCGCUCAUCAUGGAUGCGUGGGCCGCGAUGGUUUCUAAACUGUUUGCCCCAAGGGAGCCAUCUGCGGUGCUGUCGUCCACUGUCGCACACAACCAAGCGUUGAAAUGGGUAUUUCUGAACGCCGACUGGAUUCGGAGGCAAAAUUUGCCCCUCCUCACGACCCCCGCCACCACUCUCGAACUAGAAGCCCAUGAUGCCGGCUUUGCCGUGUUCCGCCACAUCCCAGACAAGGUUUUAUUAGGGAUUGAAGUGACGAAAAACGCCCAGUAUGUCACGACGAGGCUGACCGUACCCACGCGAGUGUAUGCCAGCCUCCAAGCCGACCCGUUUAGCUUUGUCGUGUCCGAGACGCUGUACGAAGUCGAGGGGCUCUCGACUUGGUCGCUGGGCACGGUCGUGUUUGUAGCUAUGGCGGUGGUGUGCUUGGGCCAUGCUACGUCCGGGGUCGCCUUGUCGUUGUGGGGCAGCUAAGUAAGUGUUUCGACUGCAUCGUUUGUACGAUAUUCCCGCGUACUACCUCAGAGGGGUUUAAUACUGCGUAUUAUUAGUAUUAAUACUAACAGUAAGUACAGUAUUAAUAGUAUACAAUAGUUGGGGAUUACGAAAGUAAU